AGAGAACUCGCCAGGACACAGAGCGGGGUUGGAGCCCUUCUUUGAUUUUAUCGUCUCUAUCAACGGUUCCAGAUUGAAUAAAGACAAUGACACACUCAAGGACCUGCUGAAAGCGAAUGUCGAAAAACCUGUAAAGAUGCUGGUGUACAGCAGCAAAACCCUGGAGCUGAGAGAAACGUCAGUGACCCCCAGCAACAUGUGGGGCGGGCAGGGCCUGCUGGGCGUGAGCAUUCGCUUCUGCAGCUUUGACGGGGCCAACGAGAACGUCUGGCACGUCUUGGAGGUGGAACCAAACUCUCCUGCUGCGUUAGCUGGACUUAGACCUCACAGUGACUAUAUCAUUGGAGCAGAUACUGUCAUGAAUGAGUCUGAAGAUCUCUUCUCCCUUAUUGAAACACAUGAAGCGAAGCCAUUAAAACUGUAUGUGUACAACACAGACACAGAUAACUGUCGAGAAGUGGUGAUUACUCCCAACUCAGCCUGGGGUGGAGAAGGCAGCCUAGGCUGUGGCAUUGGCUAUGGCUAUUUACAUAGGAUACCUACACGGCCCUUUGAAGAAGGAAAGAAAAUUUCUCUCCCAGGACAGCUGCCUAGUGCGACGCUCACUCCCCUCAAGGACGGCUUCACAGAGGUCCAGCUGUCAUCAGUUAAUCCCUCACCCACGUUACCCCCUGGUUCAGCAGGACUUGAACAGAGUCUUUCGGGGCUGUCCAUUAGUUCACCCUCCACUACCGUCAGUCCCGGGCUCAGUACAGGGGUUCCAACAGUUCCAUUACUACCACCUCAGGUCAGCCCAUCCCUUGCUUCUGUGCCACCAGUCAACCCAGCAACGACAUUACCAGGUCUGAUGCCGUUGCCAGCCGGGCUUCCCAACCUGCCUGACCUGUCCAAGCUCAACUUACCUGCCCCGCACAUCGUUCCCGGGGCAGAACUGCCGGAAAUCAUCCAGCCUGGUUUGCCUUCCCUUCCUUCCUUGCCACCUCUGAAUCUGAUGGGAAUAACACCUCUUUCCAUGCCACCCAAGUGUGUUCCUCUGCUCCCUCUGGUCACAGAGGGAUCCACGGUGCCUGCAGAUUUGCUUCCCACCAUCACCCAAGCCGGAAGCUUUUCCGUUGACGCGGGCACUGCUGUAAAUGUGGACCAGCCCCCCACGCUCGCCUUGGAUAGCGCUGCCCCGGCUGCUGCUGACAGAUCAAGUGAAUCCACUACAGCUAACGAGAAAGCAUCUGGGAUCACAGAUACACAAGCUUUGGAAUCAUAACUCCAGAUGCCUCUGUUGUUGGAUUGGCUUGGUAUUUAUUUAGUGAUGGGAUACAUAUUUGAAGAGCAAACUAUCAUUAAUUUCAUACUAGUUUGUACUUAAUCUCUAGGAGUCCUGUAAAUAAUAUGGAGGUAUAAUAAAAAUAAAGGGGAUUUAUAAAGUGUACGUGGUGGGAGGGGAGAAAGAGUACUUGUACUUAACAAAAAAAAAAUUACAAAAAGUGGAAGUGGUAAAUAGAAUUCCACUGCCAAACUUGGAGGUUUAUGUUUUUAAUACAGGCUGACAGCUUUAGUCUGUUAUGCCUUUACUUGCUUAAAAUUACCCACCUUUACUUCUGAUGGAAGUGAGGCAGGUCUUGGUGUGACAUGGACAGCCUGUGGGUCUUGUUCUUCACAAGUAUCUUGUUACUGCAGCGGGGAUGAAAAGGUUCAGUCUGAGUUGUAAAUUUUAACUUUGCAAAACGUCCACCUAAAGCUAUUAAAGAUGCUGAGUCACCUGUUAACUGACAUCUUUCUUUGGCUUGUACACCCAUCUUUAUUUUUUAAGCUCCUGAGAGAUCCUCAAGCCAUGUUUUGUGACUGCUGCUGUGCUGCUUCACUCACCCACUGUAAAAUGGCAUUUGGAAAAGAACAGAGGAAAUGUUAAAUGUAGCACACACUUUGGCACUUCGUGACUAAUGUAAGGCAAAUUAAUGGAUAAAGCAUACAUACAGCAAUAAAUUCU